ACUCCCACAAUUCCAAGCGUCUAUUUAACGUCAUCAAUAUGCGUCUUUGAGCUGGGAAGUAAACGCAGCGCUGCACAUGUGUUUAUCGGUUUACACACUUCUUCAGGUUAUAACUGUAUAAUUGCGUGUUUAUAAAACAUUGUAAGCGCGUAGUGAAGUUGUUCCGAAGAAGGUACCGGUGUCAUCCGUUGAAAUUCUAAAGACGAAGUCAAAUACGUCGCAAUUAUCUUCAACACAAAAAGAACUAGCAUAUCCCAGUUUCAUGUUGUUGCCAUACUGUAUUGACCAACUAUGUUUGCUGAAGAAGAAUGGACUGAUGCUCCCUCGGCUGAGACCGUAACUCAGUGUGCCCCAGAAGUUCAUAAAUCAGGGAAAGAAAAUGUGGCUGGCAAGAAGAAGAGUCUGUUGAAAACUCUUCAAACUCUCGGUUCAGGACCUGACUGGAACACUUGCUCAGCUCCCAAAGAUAGUGACAGUGAAACUGAGGCGCCCACAUCUCAUCCUAAGAAAAAGAAGAAGAAGAAGAGAAACAGAAAGCGUAAAAGAGACACCUCUGAAAAUGCACAGGCAGAAGGUGGAGACGGUCAGGAUGCUGAUAUUCCCAAACCCAUUAAAAAGCAAAAGAAACAACAAAAGGCUAAAGGUGUCAAAAAGGUGAAAAGUGCAGAAUCAGUCUCCACUGAAGAGGCCACAACUGAUAAAGAAUCCAAGAACAGCAUGGAGAAGCCCCUUAGUAGAAAGCAGUGGAGAAUGAGAAUAAAGAACAAAAAGAGGUGUAAAAACAAGUACCAGGACAAGAGCCUUCAGACACCCAAGUCUGAGACAAAACAGGUUUGCGAAAUAAAGAAACCACUGGAUGAAAAUGACACAUCGAAGAGUCCAGAAGAAACUGCUGAAGUAAAUAAUGUUAAGUCUAAGAAGGCAAAGAAAGCAAAAGAAAAAAGGAAAGAGAAAGCGUCCAACAAAGGUGCUAGCUCUGUUUCUUUAACAAGCACAGAAGACGUGGCUGAGGAGAGUGUGUCUAAUAUUUCAAAAGGUGAAUUGGAUAACAGCCCAGAAAAGCCAACAGAAACAUUAGAAUGCAGUAAUAUUACAAAAUGUGACGUCGAUACAAAUUUAAUUGAGCCAUUAGAAAAGACAGAGACUUUGAAGCCUUCUGACAAGAGAAAACAGAAGGAGAAACAAAUGCGAGCUGAGAAGCUUAGGAAGAUUCUGAAUAGUCAGCUUUUGGAUGCCCAAAUGAAGAAAACCGAAGACAAAGAAGAGUCUACCGAGAAGGAGACGGAGGAAGAGGAGGAUGAAGCUGUGACGAAGAAUGAGGCACCGACUCUUGAUCGUUCAUCUGCUUUGCGGUCUAAGAUGGAGAAACGCCUGGAGGCUGCCCGGUUUCGCUAUAUCAACGAGCAACUGUACACCACCACCAGCAAGGAGGCCAAGAAGAUGUUUAAGGAGGACCCCAAAGCCUUCGAGGUGUACCACCUUGGCUUCACCACGCAAGUGCAGUACUGGCCCCAAAACCCUGUGGAUGCCAUCAUUUCCUUUAUCCGUCAAAAGCCGGCCUCCUUGGUAGUUGCAGACUUUGGCUGUGGCGACUGUAAAAUUGCACGCAGUGUGAAAAACAAGGUCCACAGCUUUGAUCUGGCUCCCACCUGCGACCUGGUGACGGUGUGUGACAUGGCAAAAGUUCCCCUUGCCGAUGAAACUGUGGACAUUGCCGUCUUCUGCCUGUCACUUAUGGGGACCAACCUUGCUGACUUUCUCAGCGAGGCCAACAGAGUACUGGCCAUGGGUGGAAUUCUGAAGAUUGCUGAGGUGGCAAGUCGAUUUGAAAAUGUGCGUGCUUUCACAAGCACAUUAUCAAAUCUUGGAUUUAAGAUUGCAUCCAAGGACACAAAGAACAACUACUUCUUCCUUUUUGAAUUUAUUAAAGUCGGCGAUGUUUCUGCAAAUGCUAAGAAGACAGCACUGACACUAAAACCAUGUGUGUACAAGAAACGAUAGGAUGGGAGAGGCUAUGCAGUAGCUGGAGAAACAUGCUUAGAAAAUUAAAAAAGAAACGUGUCCGAACAGUCAUUUGAUUGUUAAUCCUAUAAUAUCCUGUGUGGUCUUAAUUUUGAAAUUGAAUUCAUUACAAGAUGAAUGAAUAUUCUGGAAUGUUGUGACACAGUGUGCCACUUGUGUGGCAGUGCCAUUCCUUAACAAAAUCAAGUUGGUGUAUGCAGCUCAAAAUAGUUGGAUUAAAUUAUCCAAUUUGUCAUCUCCAUGUCGUGUAGAAGAUAGACCUACUCUACAACAUCUGUUGCCGAUGUUUAAGAAAAGUAUGUUUGAUUGGUUUCUUUCAGAAGCAUCAAGCUUGUUGUUUGUGGUCUUUGUUGUUUUAUUUUCAUAUGUUAUACAGUAUAUCUUUCCACUUUUGUUUUUGGCAUUUCAUGGAAAUGGUCAAUGCAAUGCUGCAAUUGCAACCAUACUUUUGUGUACAAAGGAUGCAACCGUACUUUUUGUGUACAAAGGAACAGUUUUUGUAUUCUAUUGGCAAUAUUUGUUCAUUUGUAUAAAAUCUAUAUUCACAUUUG